GAGCCCCUCGCCACAGUCCGACCCCCCCCAAGAGAGACCGAGGCACCGCUCUCCCCACCUGCCCCGUGUCAAAAAUAUCAGCCCCCCCACACCCCAACUUGGCCACCUGCUCGGAAAGACCAGCCCCUGUCCAACCCACCUUCAGAGGGACCCGGGAGCCUCUUAAUCCAGACCCUGAGAGACCGAAGAGCUUCCCCAUCCCCUAGAAACCAGGGAUCCCCACCACCACCAUCCCAGUCUCUUCUCAGAACUGGGGAGCUUUCCCGCCACCUUUCAGCGUGGGGAACAAAUAGCUCAUCACUCUGUCUCAGUGCCACUGGAGGCUUAACAUAUAGUUUCACCUCCAGCCCAGAGACAGGCUGUCAGAGGUGUAAGGACCCAAUAUCCUGAAUGUGCUUUUAAACCUAGAGACAGCCCCAGUAUAAUUCAACAUUCACAAUUUUUACCAAAUGAUAUCGUGUUGCUAAUGCUGAAAUCAAACUUUUUUUAAGAACACUCAACUUCUAAGCAUUUGGCUGAGAACAUGGCAACAAAGGUGGCUACCAUGCUUCAGUUACCAUAUGAGUCUACUGAUUCAAGCAGCAAGUCCUCGGUGGGACACAGUCAGACUCCAAAAAAGUCAGUGAUCAAAACAAGCCCACUAAAGCUCUUGGAUCCAGGUCGUUCAAAACUUACCACUGUUGAGACCAAGAGGAUCAUAUCUGUUUUGGAUGAGGCCAUCUUUAAGAUAGAACUGAUCAGUCUGAUCUCUCACAUUACUGAAUUUCUGGAUAGUUUAAGCACUAUACUGGGAUCUGAGCUCAUGGGUACCCUUAAGGAGCAUGAGCGGCUUUCAAACAACAUGGAAGCUCUACUUACCCAGCUUCAAAGAGAAGGUCUCCUGAAGCAGGAAGAUGGAAGAGGGGACCUUGUAGGAACUGAGGAACAAAUCCGCCAUCUUCAAUUGCAUCAGCAAGCUGUAAAAAGCUCUAUCAGAAAUAUUCUGAGACUCUUGCAGGCUGACCCUCUAGCUUCUCAAGCCGUGAGAGAUGAGGCCUAUGCUAGGGAUUUAUCAUCUGAAAUGUUUAUCAAAGGCCUUUCAGAGUUCCGGGGCUUCUUGCUUGAGAAACUCCUGACUAGUCCCUUAGAAGAACAAGAAAAGAUUCAAUUCAUGGAAGAAAUCUCCCUCCGGGAUAAGAAAAACACUGAAACCAUUGCAACUUUAGAGGCAGAACUUGCAACAGCAAUCCAGAGUCGAGACGAUGAGAUUAUGAAAAAGAAUGUUGCAAUCAGGGAUCUCAAAAGCCACUUACUUCAUCUGGAGAAGUCCUCUGAAAGCCACAUCCAACGCACGAAGCAGGAAGCAGAGAAACUCCAAAAAGGGGAGCUGCGAAUUUCCCAGGCAAAGUGUGCCAAGAUACAGCAGGAUAUACAUCAGCUAAGAGCACAGCUCAAUGUUCUCAUCAUAGACAAUCGAGACUCAGAGCUGGCUCUCAGAAAGAAGAAGUACAAAGUGGAGAUGGAAAUCGAGAACUGGAUCCAGAAAUAUGAUGCUGACAUGGGAGAAAAACAGACUGAGUUCGAGGAAGUCGAUGCUGUCUAUACUGAAGAGAAGGCCCAGCUAGCUGAGCUGAAGGAGAAGUAUGCUGUGCUUGAACAAGAGUAUUCUCAGAUCAAGGAGGAGAGGAGGCGAUCCCAAGAGAAGAAGGAAAGAGCUGAGAGGGAACUGGCUAUCAUGGUCCGUGCUGCCACCCACAUUCAGGCCUUCUGGAAGGGCUACUUGGUCAGGUCACUGUUAAAGUCAAAGAGAAAGAAGAAGGGAAAAGGCAAGAAGAGCAAGAAAUAAAUUAGUUCCGUCCUUUCCCCUCGCUCUCGCUUCCCAACAUUGCAGAUGUUUCCCCUUGGACCUCAGCUAUCUAGGGUGUCUUCACUUCAACCAACCAACCUCUCCAGGAUGUCUAUGGUUUUUAUAUACACAAAUUUGGCAUGUAAAAGUGAUUCUAUCAUAAAUAAAUGUCAGCCAACA